CACUGUCCCUCAUCCCACCUGGGCAUCGGGGCAGCGCGGAAUGCCGCUGCCGCCCGUGGGGCCUGCGGGCAGGGGGAACCGGGAGCGGCCGGGCUGCGGGGUCCGCAGCCGCGCCCCGCCGGCCCCAGGGUGCCUCCAGCCCCGGAGCAUCGCGGAAGGAGGAGGGGGCGAACCCGGGUUUCACUUCCGCCUGGCUGCAGGAACCACAAGCCCCCAGAAUGUAUUAGAAUAAUAAUAAUAGAAAGGUUCCCUCCACACACCCCUUUUUUGUUGUUGUCGUCGUGUCCGCCCGUCCGUCCCCACCUUCCCGCAAAGAGGACCCUGAGGGAGGAGGGGAGCAGAGCACCGCGGAGGCUGGCGGCAGGCAGGGCACUGUGGGGCGGUGAGCACCGCGGCCGGGCCCCCAGCAUCCCGCCGGCAGCCGCGGCCGGCAAUCCCCAGCGCAGAAGCGGCCGGAGACAAGGAGAUCUGACUUGUGGAAGGACUUCAGUCUGGGCUGUUGUUCUUGGAGGACUGGGGAAAUGAGGGCACAUCCUCCCUGCCCUUACAUUCUGCAACUGAAGACACCUUUCAGGAGGCUGUGAGGGCUGCUGAAGAUGUCCGAUAGUUUGGAUAUUGAAGAGAAACCUCCAGCCCCGCCGUUGAGAAUGAACAGCAACAAUCGCGAUUCUUCAGCACUAAACCACAGCUCCAAACCGCUCCCCAUGGCCCCGGAGGAGAAGAACAAGAAAGCCAGGCUUCGCUCCAUCUUCCCAGGAGGAGGGGAUAAAACCAACAAGAAGAAAGAGAAAGAACGUCCAGAGAUCUCUCUUCCUUCAGACUUUGAACAUACCAUUCAUGUGGGAUUUGAUGCCGUUACUGGAGAAUUCACAGGCAUUCCAGAGCAAUGGGCCAGGCUACUACAGACCUCCAACAUAACAAAACUAGAGCAGAAGAAGAACCCACAAGCUGUUCUAGAUGUUCUUAAAUUUUAUGAUUCCAAAGAAACAGUUAACAACCAGAAAUAUAUGAGCUUUACAUCAGGAGAUAAAAGUGCCCAUGGAUACAUAGAAGCCCAUCCUUCGAGCACAAAAACAGCAUCAGAACCCCCGCUAGCUCCCUCUGUUUCUGAAGAAGAGGAUGAAGAUGAAGAAGAUGAGGAAGAUGAUAAUGAACCUCCACCUGUUAUUGCACCACGUCCCGAACACACAAAAUCAAUCUACACUCGCUCUGUAAUCGAACCUGCCGCCGCACCAGCACCAGCUAAAGAAGCCACCACUCCUCAGCCUGAAAACUCCAACACAAACACUUUGUACAGAAACACAGACCGGCAGCGGAAGAAAUCCAAGAUGACAGAUGAGGAGAUCCUGGAGAAACUGAGGAGCAUUGUGAGCGUGGGAGAUCCUAAGAAGAAAUACACCCGAUUUGAAAAAAUUGGCCAAGGGGCAUCAGGAACAGUUUAUACAGCAAUCGACAUUGCCACAGGACAAGAGGUGGCCAUAAAGCAAAUGAAUCUUCAACAGCAGCCCAAAAAGGAACUAAUUAUUAAUGAAAUCCUGGUCAUGAGGGAAAAUAAGAACCCCAAUAUUGUGAACUAUUUAGACAGCUACCUAGUCGGUGAUGAACUGUGGGUCGUUAUGGAAUACUUGGCUGGAGGCUCUCUGACUGAUGUUGUUACUGAGACAUGUAUGGAUGAAGGACAGAUAGCAGCUGUCUGUAGGGAGUGCCUGCAAGCCCUGGAUUUCCUUCACUCAAACCAAGUGAUCCACAGAGACAUCAAAAGUGACAAUAUCCUCCUUGGAAUGGAUGGAUCUGUCAAAUUGACUGAUUUUGGCUUCUGUGCUCAGAUCACCCCUGAACAGAGUAAACGGAGCACAAUGGUUGGGACUCCUUACUGGAUGGCACCAGAAGUGGUGACAAGGAAAGCAUACGGCCCCAAAGUGGACAUCUGGUCACUUGGGAUCAUGGCAAUAGAAAUGGUGGAAGGAGAACCUCCUUACCUUAAUGAGAAUCCUCUCAGGGCACUGUAUCUGAUAGCUACAAAUGGGACACCAGAACUUCAGAACCCUGAGCGACUUUCUGCUGUGUUUCGUGACUUUCUGAACUGCUGCCUGGAGAUGGAUGUGGACAGGCGAGGGUCUGCCAAGGAACUUCUGCAGCAUCCAUUUUUAAAGCUAGCCAAGCCGCUCUCCAGCCUGACUCCUCUCAUCGUCGCGGCAAAGGAGGCAAUUAAGAACAGCAGCCGCUAGUGCUUGCGGCUAACUUUCUCCUGUGGCAGCUCAGAGCAGGACUGAGAACAAAAACUUGAUAAAACCUCAACUCUUGUGCUGCAGGACAGAUGGAGGGAUGAACAAACCAACGGUCACAGUCCUGGUGGUAGGAGGGAGAACAGAUCAGUCCCUCAAGGAGUAAAAUAUGAUCAUUUGUCUUCUUCCUGCUUUCUGGCUCCUUUAUUUAUUUUUAAGGUGAAACAGGGGUUAAGACAGACAGGUAAUGACCGAAAAGGCUUUGCUGCCUCAACCAUUUCCAAGGUAAAGCAAAAGCAGUUGGAAGAAUCCCUUCCUUCUCACCCUGUGAAUAAGCUGUACAUUCACUUUUAAAUUGUUAGUUGUUUCUUAAAGAUGGAAAGUCCCUUUUAUGGUUUGUUUGUUUUUUUUUGGUACAGUUUGGAAUUGGAAAAGGGUCUCCUUCAUUCAUAAACUCCAGACUGCACAGCCUUUGGAUACAGCCCAUUCGCUGGUGUUUGUCCAGUCAUGGUACUUUGAGGUGAGGAAGAAAGCGAAAUUGCAUUUUCAACCAAAACUGAAUCAAGAGUGGGGCAGAAAAACGUGCUGUUGAGGUACAGGCUUUCAGCUGUGUUUUGGUUCUUGCCCAUUUAAAUGACUCGUAGAACUAAUUGCAAUCUGUUUGCCUGGAUGAGAGUCUUACUCAAAUGAAAAAGCUGACAGGUCAGUCAGUGUGCUGCGGAAGGACUCAUCUGCUGCAAAGCUGUAAGACGAACAGGAGGUUUAUAGCAGGCUCAGCCUUGCCUGGUGCUGAGCCCCAGCAGACCCCUUGCAGAGCACAGACACAGGCUGGAAGUGGCAGCAGACCAGCUCUGGAUGCUUGUCUCUUCCUGAGACCAGACUAAUCAUCCCAAGUAAGAGCAAAGCUGGCUGCGGGCUGCACCUGGGGUGAAUUGUAGAUGGGCUUUGAAUUGUUCAGACUUUCGGAGUUAACCAUUUUGAGUUUGUGCAGGAGUAGAAAAGGUCAAAACAGAGGUGAGUGUUGGUCACCUCAGAGGAUGCCUUCUCCUGAUUAUCUCCUGUGGAAGGUCAGUUGCAGAAGAAGGAGCUGGGCUGCUCUGCAGGCUCGUGUGCAGGUGAGUGUCCUUCAGGCACCAGGUUCUGCCGUGGAAACUGAGGCCAACAUGAGUGAGUGACAGCUUCUUCAGUUCAGAUCUGCAUGAGUCAGUGCAGCAGACAGCUCUGGAAGAGCUUUAAAGCCUGGAGUUCUGCACCAAGCCAGAGCAAACUUGUGCAGUGCAGAGUGGAUUGCAGAAAUAUUUAGAGGCAUCAAGCCAGGCUGCUUUCUGCUGUCCUGCUGAAUGCAGCUCUGAGCUGCUAGGAGGUAGGAAAUCCUGGAUAUGACUGAGAAUUGUGCUUGACUAGUGAACUGAUUUGUAAGGGAGCUGAAUAGUUGAAGUAUGCAGUUUGUUUCAUUUAUUAAUUUCUGAACAAAAGGCACAAUGUGACUUCACUCAGAAGCAUUUGCAUGAAGUAUUUGUUGCUCUGUUUCAGUAGUACAGCUAAUCAGAGGCCUUCAAAACAGCAACUGAAGCAACACUCAUCUAGGGAGAUAAAACCCAAACCAAAACAGAGUAAAAGAGCUUUCUGCUGUAGAAAUCUUCGUGUUUGGAUGUGGUCCUGCAAAGGGCUAAGCAGCCUUUUGGAUACUAGCCACCUUCAUUUUUUGCCAGCAGGAAUGAAGGAUGCUUGGGCUGUUCUUGAAUUAGGCCUUUGGCUUUGUCUUCCUGCUUAGUUGACAGUCUUUGUGUUGCAGGUGUCAUUAACACUGCCACUUAACUCACCCUUGCUCACGCUGUCUGUCCAAGUGUCUUUGAAGGCAACAGAGAGAGGCAGUGCUCACUGAGUUACCACAGAUAAGCAUGAAUUAAGCUUCCCUGAUGUCCUGGGGAGGACAACAGCUCUGGCUUUCAGAUGCUCAAAUAAGAGGCCAAGGCCAGCAGCCCCUCCCGUUUUGUGGAGAAACCUCAUCGAGGACCAAGAGACUCACCAGGAGCUGCAGCUUGUGCAACCAUAGCUGAGGAGACCUUCAGGCAGGGCCAGGAGCAUUGCUGGGAUGUUGAGGAGAAUCAAGAAGUGUGAGAGACAGGCUACUGGAAUCCCACCUUACAUUCCCCGAGAUGGGCCUGACAGGCAGACAGGACACAUGGUAUAGAGCAUUCCCUAUUCUCUCUCUGCCUGUCUGAGUCAGUGGACAGAAGGCAAUGGUUACAAGUUUCUGCUCGGCACAGGAGGGUUAUCUUCUCUGUGACCAUCCCAUGUUCCCAGGCACCUUUGCACAAUAAGUAUGAGGAUCAACAUGUGGAACCAAGCAAGGUGGGGACAUCUGCUGGAAAUACAGUACAGUGGAGGGGAAACAGUCCUGGAGCUUCCUGAAAUGUAUGGAAGAGACUUUCCUGACACAGCUGAUGAGGCAACCAACUAGGAAAAGUGUGCCACUGGACCUGCUGUUUGUGAAGAGGACUUCUAGGUGAUGUGAUGGUUGGAGGCCAUCUGGGGCACAACAAUCAUGAAAUGACAAUUUUCAGUUCUUGGAGAAGUAAGGAGUCAGCUGAAUUGCCACCCUGGACUUCUAGAGAACAGACUUUGGCCUGUUCAGGAGCCUGGUGACCAAGUCCCUUGAGAGGAGUUCUGGAGGGCAAAGGAGUCCAUGAAGGCUGGACAUUCCUCAAGAAGGGGAGCUUAAAAGCACUGGAGCAGGCCCUCCCCAUGGGCUGAAAGCUGAGCCAGCAGGGAAGAAGACUGGCCUGGGUGAACAGAGAGCUUUGGCUAGAACUCAGGAAAAAAGAGUUCCUGACCUUUGGAGGAAGGGGCAGUCAAUUCAGGAGGGCUACAAGGAUAUCGUGAGGUUAUGCAGGAAGGAAAUCAGAAGGAUCCAAGGCCAACUAGAAGUUAAUUUGGCUGCUGCUAUGAAAGUAAACAAAAAGCACUUCUGUAAAAACGUCAACCACAAAAGAAGGGCUAAGGAGAAAACAGUGACCAUGGAUGAGGAGAAGGUUGAGGUACUUAACUGCCUUCUUUGCCUCAGUUUUUAAUAGCAAGGCCAGUUGUUCUCUGGGUACACAGCCCCCUGAGCUGAAAGGAGGGGAUGGGGAGUAGAGUGAAGCUCCUGUAAUCCAAGUGAGAUAGCUAGCAACCUGCUGCACCACUUAGACAUGCACAGGUCUAUGGCACUGGAUAAUAUACACCUGAGGGUGCUGAGUUUGCUGGUAGAAGUGCUCACAAAGCCUCUUUCCAUCAUUUACCAGUCAUCUUGACUAACUGGGAAGGUCCCAGUUGAUAGGAGAUUGGCAAACAUGAUGCUCAUCUAUGACAAGGCCUGGAAGGAGGAUCUGGGAAACUACAGACCUGUCAGUCUUCCCUUUGAUUCCAGGAAAGGCUAUGGAGCAGAUCAUCUUGGGUGCCAUCACACAGCAUGUACAGGACAGCCAGGUGACCAUGCCUAGUCAGCAUAAGUUUAUGAAAGGCUGGUCCCACCUCACUCAUUUACUCUCCUCCUGUGACAAGGUGACCUUCUUAGUGGAUGAGAGAAAGACUGUUGAUUUUAUCUACCUGGAUUUUAGUGAAGCUUUUGACAUUGUUUCCCACAGCAUUCUUCUGGAGAACCACCUGCUUAUGGCUCUGAUGGGCCCCCUCUUCACUGGGUAAAACACUGGCUGGAUAGCGGACCCAAAGAGUGGUGAAAAAUGGCGUUAAAUCCAGAUGGUGGAUGGUCACAAAUGGUGUUUCCAAGGGCUCAGUAUCGAGGCUGAUCUCUUUAAUUUCAAAGAUCUGAAUGAAGGAAUUGAAUGCAGCCUCAGUCAGGUUGGAGACAAUGCCAACUUGGGUGGAAGUGUUGAUUUGUUUAAAGAUAGGGAGUCACUACAGAGGGAUCUGGAAAGGCUGGUUGGUAAGAGGUCCAAAGAGGCUAAGAUUUGGAUUGUCUGCUUGGGUCACAGCAACUCCAUGUAACACUAGAGGCUUGGGGAAGAGUGGCUGGAAAGGUGCCCAUUGGAAAAGAACUUGGAAGCAUUGGCCAACAACUGGCUGAACACAAGCCAGUAUGUGCCCAGGUGGCCUGAAUUAGGAGGCCAGCAGGAUCGGGACAGUGAUUGUCCCCCUGUACUCAGCACUGAUGAGGCCAUACCUCAAAUACUGCAUUAAUAUCUUGGCCCCUUGCUGGAGCACAUCCAUAGAAGGGCAACAAAGCCCUUCUAGAGAGGAAGUAUUACAAGGAGACGGCGGGCUGAGGUUGUUCAGUCUGGAGAAAAGGAGGCUGAGGGGUGACCUUCUUGCUCUCUGCAACUCGCUGAAAGGAGGAUGUAGUGAUGUGGGGUCAGUGUUCUUACAAGUAACAAGUGAUAGGACAACAGGAAAUGGCCUCAGGUUGCACUAGGCGAGGCCCAGUUUGAACAUGAGGAACAGUUGCCCAAAAGCAUUGUCAAGCCCUGGACCAGGCUGGUCAGAGCAGUGGUGUAGUCCCCAUCCCUGGAGGGGUUUAAAAGCUGAGUAGACGUGGUGCUGACGGACAUAAUUUAUUGGUGGACUUGGCAGUGUUGGAGUAACAGUUGGACUUGACUGUCUCAAAAGGUCUUUUCCAACCUAAAUGAUUGUGUUCUGUACAAAAAGUGCUGCUUCUUUUGCGAGGUCCCAGUUUUCUCUGUUGGCUCAAGCUGUCUAUUUAGGGGAGAGAUUUUCUGGGGAAAGAAAAUAAUUCAGGCUCAGGAUUCAUCUGAGCAUUCAUCUGAACAAAGCAGAUUUGUAUUCCAUGUGAGAAGUGAAGAGACCAGUGACAGGUUGUUUCCAGCAGAGUUGUGUUUGUUUCCUACCCACAGAAGAGCAGCCAGCUGUCCUUUAGAGGGAAAGCACUUUGGAAUAGCACAUGUAUGCUGGCCUUACAGUAUCCUGAUGUUGACAGAUUACACUAUUUGAUUGGGUUUUUCCCUUAUUUAUUUUCUUUACCUAUAUAGUUCUCAGCAUCUCUGCUAUAAAAGGAGCCACCACCAUAACCUCCCAGAAGAGAAGAGAUAUGAAAAACAGGGAAAUUAAAUGGUGGCAUUGUUUCAAAAUAUUUUUUCUAUCAGUGUUUUCUGACUGCUAUUCUUGGAUUAAGCAAGUAGUUAUCUAUGGCUUUGGGAGUAUUUGAAAUAGCAUUUUUUGUUGUGAAAUACAUAGGAAAAGAAGUUCCACUUUCAUUCCAAGAUUUUAGAAGAUUGGUUUAUUUUACUCAUUUUAAAUUUUUUUUUAAAUGGUAAAAAUCCCUACCCAGAGCUUGCCUGAUUCUCGUUCCUGCUCUGAAGGUGUGUGAAAAUGACCUGAUGACUUGCUGUGGUUUUGAUGUGCAUUAGGAUAGCAGCAUGACAGCAGUAAAGUCAGGGAAGUUUGAGAAGCACAGAAAAGUUUAUUUAAGAAAAAGAAAACAAAACCCCAGCAAAACUCCACCAAACAAAACCUGCCUGUGUAAAAUUCCACACAGAGCUCCUGCUCGCACUCCUGGCAGGCUGCCCAGGGGUGGCUCUUAACAGUGCUCUCAGAUUGUGAUCAUGAGUUUGAGCUGGGAUUGCACUCUUCCCUUCUUGCACCCAGUGCUUUUGUAAGUAGGUGUGUGCUCAUUCUCUGUCUGGCUACUGCCUGGUGACUCGCACUACACACAAGUGGGCUCAAAUAUUUUCUAGCUGUUUGUGCUGAGUUGCUCUGAGGCUAGUGGCUGCACCUUGGCAGUUCCGUCGGUCAGUCUUCCUUGUCCUGCCACCAAAAAUGAAGCACAUUCCAGUCACAAGAAGGGAAGUAAGUACCUGCCUCUUGUCCUCUAAUUGUAAACCAUGUCACCAUACUCUGUUGUCUGUAUGAUUUCCAGUAUAUAGUCAGUCGUGUGGCUCCUGAACAUUCCUCACACUAGCAUGUUAUUUCUUAGUCCAGUCUUGAGCAAAUCCAGUGAGCAGAGGCAGCAAAAGCGCGGCAACACCUACUAUCAUGGGCAGGAGCCAGUGUUCUUUGCUUGGGCACCCAAGGCAUACACAAUAGUGUCAGCUUCUCCAUGCUAAACAUUACCAAGAUAGUGAUUUGCACACCUUCCGGGCGGACUGCUGUUCAUUCAUGUUUAGAUGUGUGGCAAUUUUGUGACGGGGCAAGCUGAUGAAGACCCAUAAAUGUCAGUGGUUUAGUCCCCAGUUUUCAGGGAGCAGGCAAAUGACAACCAUUCAAGGUUCCUUUGAGUGUGAUUUCCAAUUCAGGGGUCUUUAAAACUUGUCUUUGCUUGUGUCUUGGCCUUGAGUAGACAUGUUUGUUUCUUUUGCUGGCUGAAGUGUAAAGAAUCUUGCUUAUGUAUGCUGCCUUUGGACAUGGUUUAGAGCUGAUUGCCAUAGUCUGAGGUGUGCAUCAUGUGUAUAAACCAUCGCAGGCCUGAGUCUACCAGGGGCUGGGUGCACCUUUGGUGACAAAAGUAGUCUCAAAAGAAAAGAUGGUGUUACAGGAAAGAGGAGGGAGGGAUGCUUACAUGCUCUGCACAGGUCCCCCUUUGGCCUGCCAUGGGGCUAUGAGCCUGCAAACUUUGUUCUCAUUGCUCUGCAGUUCUCUCAGGCAAGCUCUCACAUUCUGCUAGAAUGUGACCCUGCCUGGAGAAACUGGGGGUAUUAUCAUUAGCUGCAGUUUAUGAUAUAGAAGUUGCUAAUCAUUUUUAUAGCCUGUGAGCAGAGUGGCUUUCCACUGGGCAGUUUCCCAGCAGACCACACAUCAGCUUCAUCAGGUGCGUCUUGCUCUAAUGGAGUGGUAUCAUUUGCAAUCACUUGGGGAUCAUGCUUGGUUUCUUCAAGGCUUGCUAGCAACAUUUACCUUGGCCAGCUUACAUACAAAGUCCAAAGGGCUACAUUUGGGUGCAGUGGCCUGGGCUGGCAGUUCUGAAUGCAUGAGAAGGACUGCUGGGCACACACAAACACACAUUUGAAUCACUUUCUGAUGUUGCAGAUUUACACACCCUGGCCACUGAAACAGGCUUCAAUCCUAAGAUCAUGAUGAUUAGUGAAAGGUCUAAGUGAACAUUUCCAGUUCCUUGUUACUAGUUCUCAGGUGGCAGCUUGGGCUGGGUGUCUCCAGAGAGGGACUCCUGCUUCAGUUAUACCUUUGCCAUUCCUCAACUCAUCCUCCAAUCACUUAAUUCUCCUUGGUGGUCUUUUGAUUUCCUCUUGGUUUCUAACGUCACUGGACUGGCCUUAUUCUGAAUCUUCUUGGCCCUUACUGUCUUCUUUCAGCUCCUAUCUGCUGUAAAAAACUCUGGGGUGUUGGUCAACAAGCAGCUAAAUAUGAGCCAGGAGUGCGCCCAGGUGGCCAAGAAAGCCCUCAGCAUCGUGGCCAGUAUCAGCUGCAGUGUGGCCAGCACCACCACAGCAGUGAUCAUGCCCCUCUACUGGGCACUGGUGAGGACUCCAAUACUGGAUUCAGUUUUGGGCCCCUCACUACAAGAUGGAAAUUAUGAUGCUGGAGCACAUCCAAAGAAGUGCAGUGAAGCUGGUGAAGGCUCUAGAGCAUAAGUCUUCUGAAAAGCUGCUGAAGGGACUGAAGUGGUUUAGCCAUGAGAAAAGGAGGCUGAGGGGAGACCUUCUCACUCUCUGAGUCCCUGAAAGGAGGUUGGAGCUAGGUGGGGGUUGAUCUGUUCUCCCGUGUUAGAAGUGCUAGGACAAGAGGAAAUGACUUGAAGUUGCACCUCAGGAGAUUUGUAUUGGACAACUCUUCCCAGAAUGUGUUGUCAAAGCCUGGAACAGGCUGCUUAGGGCAGUGGUGGGGUCUCCAGCCCUGGAGGGAUUUAUAGGCCUUGUAUAUGUGAUGCUGAGACAUGGUUUAGUGGUGGACUUCACAGUGCUGGUUUAACUGUUGGGCUCAACUGUCUUAAAGGUCUUUUCCAACCUAAAUUAUUCCGAUUCUGCCUGCUGCAUUCAGCUAUCCUGUGAUAGCAGCAUUAGUUUCAUCAAAAAGUUUACUCUUGAUCAGCUCUUGAGGCCUUAUGCCUCAACUACUUUAGCUACUAGUGCAGUGCUAAACUGCUAAUGCUGAAUGAGAGAACCCUCUGAGAGAAUUCAGGUAAAUCAAAUCUGUAACACAGAGAGGAGCUGCAGGAGCUGAGAUGACGACUGCCACCUUUUUCUCUGUCCUUCACUCUUCAGAGCCUUGAUACAAAGCAGAGUUUUCCUCAAGAGGCAAGUGGCAUGUAACCUCUUGCAGGUCUUGCUCUUUCUGUUCUCUGUGCUUGACCGAUUUUGUCCCUCUUUCUCUUUUCCUGUUCUUUCUGUGCCUGGUGGCUGCUAACCAAGACUGUAACUGGCUCAAAUUCAGUGUAUGAGAGCCUCAUUUCUUUGCCCUUUGAAUUGUCUGUCCACAACAGCCUUUUGACUCUAAGCUUGGUCUGGAGAGGGGCUAGGGCCUGCCACCGUGCUUGCAUUAAGGGCUCCCCAGUGCCUCAGGCUGGUGUGGCACUGUCACAAACACGAGGGAAUGGUGGUGAGUUGUCGUUUUUGAAGUAAGAUCCUUUGCUUCUGCAUGUCCUGUGUGUCUUUUGUCCAGCCCAGACAUAGACUUAGGGAUCAUGCGUACGGGCACUGCUGCCACUCCCAGUGAAGGCACUGCUGCUACUCUCAGUAAAACCAGUGAGAAUUUGGUUGGUUGGCUCGGUGACAGCAGAACUAGUUCCUUGAUAGGUGGGUGCUGAUAGUUGCCCUUGGGUACCGGGGGCUGGAGAAGUCCCCUCAGCUGAAUGAGUGGGAGGAAACUGCCCUUUUGUUCUUGCUCUCCAGGGCGUAAGUGGGUCAACAUAGCAAACAUGAAGAAUGCAUGUCUCCUACAUCCAUGUCUGCUGAGAUUGCUGACCUUUGAGCUUAAUGAGCACAAAGACAAUUGCUUUUUGUCACACUGUUUAUAUUAGUGUUAAGCAAUGCUGCUAAAGUAGUCUGUAGCACAGCAGCAGGAGGAAAAAAAGCCUCUCAGCUGUUAAGGUGCAGCUCUGGUAAGAUGCUGGCAUCUGCCUUAGCGGGCCAGCAGGUUGAAGUGAAGCUGCCUGAGGUGGGAACUAGUGGCAGAGGACUGCACACAAGGCAGCCCUCAUUGAAGAGAACACGACAGCUCCUCCUUGGGCAGAGCCCAUGAUCAUGGGGGGAAGAGCUAGGAUUACUCUGGUGCUGUGUCUGCACUGCAGGUGCUGUGUGUACAGACACGUGUUUCUGCAAAAGAAUUCUGCAACUCUUGACUGGAUCAGGAUAUAACUAAUGCUAAACUCCAGUUUAGGCUGAAGCAACCAGUUUACACCUGCUCUGGUGUCUGCUAGAUUUUACUUAUUUAUUUUCUUCAGGGUAUCCAGACAAAAGUAAAGAGAGGAGGAGCCUACAUUUUCAUUGCUUACCAGAAGUGUAUCUCAUUUUACUGUACAUUCCUUUUUUAGGACGUGUUAUCUAUUUAAAAAAAAAAGACAAGAAAAAAAGGGGGAGAAAAGAUAAAAACAGAAACCGUGUAGUGAAAAACCUUCUGUAACUUUGGAUUAAGAGGUAACUGAUCUUUUUAAAAUGAGCACUAAGUUAUUUACUUUGUAAAUGUGCUGAUGGCAUGGCUCCAUCUUACUGACCUCAGCAUCCUUUUUUCUUUAAAGAUUUUGGGGUUUGUUUCCAAUAUUAAGUUAUUUUAAAUGUGGUUGAAGCAAUAGAAAAUUGAAAUAUGGAUUGUGCAUGACUGUGUCUUGAGUGUAAAAAUAUUGCAGUUUGAAACUUGGACCUAAAGUAUUGCAAAUAAAAGUUAUAAAUACCAA